AUGGGGGAAGAAGGAAGCGUCAAGUGUAGGAGGCCAGGCUGCGGCAAGGCUUUUACCCCCAGCAGCAACAAUGGCGAUGCAUGCAAAUACCAUACAAUGCUGCCUGUAUUCCAUGACGGCGUAAAGCAGUGGCCUUGCUGCGGCCAAGAGGCAUGGGAUUGGGAUGCAUUCAUGAAGAUAGAAGGUGAGACCGGCAGCAGCAGCAGCAGCAGCAGCAGCAGCAACAGCAGCAGAAGCAGCAACAGCAGCAACAGUAGCAGCAGCAACAGAAGCAGCAGCAGCAGCAACAGCAGUAUCCGUUGUGCUGUGGGUCCCCACAGCGACGUCCCGCCGCAGCAGCCUGCUGCUGCUGCUGCUGCAGCAGCACCGAAGCCAGCAGCAGCACCAGCAGCACCAGCAGCAGAAGCACAAACUGCGCCGCGCAGCAUUGAGGAGUUCAACAAGCAGCAGCAGCAACAGCAGCAAGAGAAACAGCAGCAGCAACAACAACAGCAGCAAGAGGAAGUGCCUUGGGUAUGUAUGACACCCAAGCAGCAGCAACAACAAGAACAACAGCAGCAGCAGCUGCUGCUGCUGCUGCUGCACCUACAAUUGCUAUACACAUACAGCUUCGCCAGAAACAGCAACAGCAGCAGCAACAGCAGCAGCAGCAGCAGCAGCAGCAGCAGCAGGAGAGUGUGUAUUUGUGCUGCAGGCCCUCAUGCACCCAAGAUGGUUGUUCCUCAGUAA